AUGGAAUCUCAGCUGAAAGAACUACUUGGGUUUCUUCAUGAUAGAAAUCCACAAGUCAGGAACAUUGCUCUGGAAAAUCUCCUUCCACAGACUCCCAAAGAGGCCCCGUAUCGUCGGAUAUUCUUAGAGCAAAUAAGCAGUGGUGGACUGGCUCCCGCCAAAGAACCCGAAUCAAUCAGAGACCUGAAGCUCUUGUGCCGUGACCAGGCUGCUAUUGCUCACAAUGCCUUCCGUGCACUUGUCAACCUAUCUGAUUCAGCACUCAUUGUGCCAUUCCUAGGGGAACCAAAAUUUUUAGAGUUCCUUGUAGCAUACAUUAUAAAUCCAGGUUCUUUGCUUGCAGAUUUGGCGACCAUGGUCCUAUCGAACAUGACGGUCAACCCCAAUGUCAUACAAACACUCUUAUCACUGAAAAUCCAAUUAGAAAAUGGUCAUCCCAUUGCAUCAAGAUCUUCUACUGCGCCCGUUGCACCGUCUACAGGGUCUACUCAAAUUCGUGAAGAGAGCGCAAUACUCUUGCUAGUAGAUGCAUUCGUAGAUGCAGCAACAGUGCCGGGUGGAUCAAAAGAGGAGAGGAAACGGAAAGGGGACCUCCACUUUUUGGCAAGCGUUUUUGCAAAUAUCACGGUAGCACCUGCAGGUCGACUCGCCUUACUCACAUUGCAUCCUGGAUCAUCUGAGUUUGCUUUGGCAAAACUCCUAUCUUUUACAGAACAUCCUGACACAAUCCGUCGGGGCGGCGUUGCAUCGACCCUCAAGAAUUGUGCUUUCCACGCGCCUGCUCAUAUGGCAAUGUUGAAGCCCGAUGAUGAGAUGGUCACUGUCCCCCCGAGCAAUGAAGCAGGGAAAGGCAUGAAUUUACUUUCUUUUCUACUUUUGCCCCUGGCUGGACCAGAAGAGUUUGACCUGGAGGAUAUGGAUAAGCUCCCCGCAUCUAUCCAAUUUCUUCCUGACACCAAAAAACGCGAACCGGAUCGAUUCAUUCGGCUUACUCACAUAGAAACCCUCUUGUUGCUUUGCACAACUCGCCCGGCCCGCGAAUUUUUGCGCGUGAACGGGGUUUAUGAAGUGGUUCAAAAAAUGCAUGAAACAGAGCAAGACACCUCGGUGAUGGAACACAUUGAACGAUUAGUCAAUUUAUUAAAGCGAGACGAAGGCCCAGAUACAGCCUUCGAAGAGGUCCCUGUGGAAGAUAUAGAUACCAGGAAAGAUUCAUCAGAUGCUGUGAAGGACUCAAACGAUGAUGAUGAGAUUGUAGAAAUAUAG